GCUAGCUAUAUGGUUAUCAAUAUUAUUAACUUUAAUGGGAUGGGGUGGGUCAUGGACAUUUCUCUAUAGUCUCUAACAUGCUCCCACAAUUCAAUAAUUUUCUAUAGUAAUAACAUUAAUAACAAUAUAGAGCAAGUUACCUUGAUAAUAAUAGUAUGGGAGUGUUGGCCAACGUAAAGGAAAAGGUGUUGGAGAAGCUGGCGGCAGCUGCUGUCCCAGCCGAGGCCCUUGACAAGGCCCGUCGCUUGUUAGAAACCACUGUUCGGGAUGCCACGCAGGCUGCUCACGCCAUCUCCAAAGACGCUAUAUUUCGCAUCAAAACUCAUCUUGUUGACAUUUUCCCCUCUUUCUCUCCUGCCCUCACUUCAAAGAUGGUAGACGAGGCAGAGAAGGAAGCAGUAGCAGCUGAAACAAAUAAAGAUGAGAAUAGUAUUACUAUUAGUAGUCAUCCAGAAUCAUAUAACAUACCCACUUCAAGGCUUUGAACCGAGUUUGAGUAUACAUGUAUACUAAUUGUAUAUGCAUAUAAAUUAUGUAUAAUGAAUAUGAUUGAUGAUUUAUAUAUAUAUAUAAAUAUAUAUAGCUC